AUGAGUCAUGAGUUGCGCGACAAUGGCACCAUUCGCGACGGUGACAUGCGUAAAUUUCGUCUUUCCUCCUCUCGACCAAACUAUGAAAUACAUGAACACAAUGUGUCGAGCGCAUUGUGCCGCCAGGGCCAAGGGACGAAGCAGAGGGUCGUGUGCCGAAUGGCGCCAUUCCGCGCCAAUGAAUCUCCACGCGCCGCUCCCCGAGCUGGGGACGGGACGCCGCGGAACCGGCCCAAUCACUCUCGUCGCAGGAACUGUUCAACCACAUCGUUUGGCGACCCUUUCUCC